UAAACGUUUUGAAACAUUUUAUAGGAAACAGACGCCGACAUCUGAUGUUAACGGUUUACCCCCACCUGCAGGUUGACAAGCGAGCUGCAUGGUGGGUAAUAUCCAAAAUGGCUGCGCCCUGUGAAAAAAUCGAACGUUCCAGGCGAGGAUGAAUUUGCUUCAAGUUUUCAGUCACUUACAGACAAGAGGGGUUGUAGAAAUUGCGUUACUUGAUCAAGCAUAGAACACCGAAACAGAAUUUGAAUGUCUUUUCCCUUGAGCCGAAACGGGAGCGAAGUUAUCGGGCGAUACACUCGGUACGUUGUUGCACACCCUCCCCAGUUACUGGGUCUAGUGACACGUGAAAGUUGUAAGGGAACGUUGUAAGCGGUCUCUAUCUGGUUGUUUUGAAGAGACACUGUAAAACAUGACAGGAAACAAAGACACGAAUGCCGGAGGAAGCGCGGCGUACCAAAAAGCUUACUUCAACACGCUCACACACUACUUGGACGAACACGUCAAUGCAGUACGGAAUGUGUCCACCGUCCUGGCCAUAGCUGGGGUUGCUUUCGCCGCUCGAAGUGUCCGCAUGUUCACCAAGUUCUACACAGUUGCCGACAUUCCUCCGCACUUCAUCCAGAAGAACCUAAGACUGCAGGGGAAGGUGGUCCACGUUAGAGACCAGCAUCUCCAAGUCGAACACAUCCCCAUUCUCCACAUCAGAAUACCCUUUCUGAUGAAGAAAGCCGAAGGCACCCUAGGUGUGCAUCUUGCAGGUGUGAAGUUCGAGGAAGGUGCUGUUGACUGGCUGAGGGAGAACGUACAUACUAAAGCAGUGUUUUUCAAGAUGCUGCAGGUGAACUCAAGUAAACAGCUGGACUGUGUUGUUACAACACGGAGACCGGGAUGGAGGGGGUAUCUGCUCUCUAGUAUGUGUUUGAAUGAAGAACUUGUACGUCGGGGUUUAGGGAAGGUAGCUCCUAUAGAAGGCCUGCAGGUCGGGACCACGUAUGUAAAGCUGACAAAGAGGCUGCUAAGAGCAGAACUUGUUGCCGAGAGGAAACGCAGAGGCGUGUGGACAGAACCAACUGCAGUUGAACGGUACAAGGCCAGGUACGACAACGCAAAGGAAGACAUGAAGAUGGCGGUUCAGAGGAGGAAGAAGGAGGUGGUGGAAGCUGGCAGAGUCUUGGCAUCACCUGCAUCAUUGUUUAAGAGUCUUUGGAAAUUUGCCUCAAAGAGAUUCAGAAGAGAAUAACAUUUAUACAGAACAAUCGUGCAACUUGUGUGACAGUGAGAAAGGUUAAUGCUGUGAAUCAGUGGGAGUCAGUGGAAGUGGAAUGUAAAACUUAGGAUCAGUACCUCUGUG